CUUUUUCCUGUUGAACAUCUGAAACUCUUCCCUUUUUAAUAACACAAUGGACUUAAGGGUUGAAUUCUUUUCCAUCAACUUUUAGUUAUUAUUUCUCAAAGCAUAACAGUGAGCAAACCAGCGGUAGAUGCAGGACUCACCCAAAGAACCUGGCCGUUUUGAUACAGAAUGUUUAAAACAGCUGAAAGAAGUUUGGAACAAAUUUCCCGGACCAGCCUAUGACAAUUUAAUUUUUUAUUUUUUUGACAGUGAUGCUGAAUUAUUUGUGAUUUUAUUGUGGAAACGAGGGGAACCUCAGGACUGGAGCAACAGCAAAAUAUAAGCAGAGCAGCUUUAUUUGCAUAUUAGUCUUUACACACAGAUGCCACUCAAAAUACCAAAGAUCCAAAAAGCUUUGAAAGGAUAAAAAAAAACAAGAAACAACAAGAGUUCAUCAUUUUAAAGAAAGGAACCAGAAGAGAGCAGCAGUUUAGGGUCAGACUGGAAUGCAGAAAGACUUGGAGCACAUCUGUUCAUUGAAGCCGUGAGAAGCUAAAAGCAGCUUCUCCCUGUUUAGUUCUAACUCCAAGUUCUCAAAUUAACCCCUGCAGUGAUUGGCCAGAGAGACUCACAGCCAUGUAGGGUGACUGGGUUUCAGAUUCAGAGAGCAGAGGAGGCAGCAGUAGCAGGUAGCUCCUUCACGGUUUAACUCUGGUGGGUUCUGUCUGCUGACCGGACCUAAGAGAACAUUCAGCCGCUGAAAAAUCUUCAUGAAUGAAACUAAAGGAGAGGCGUGUUCUGCUCUGCUAGAGACCCACAGAACUUUAAAGUUCCCAAGUGGAACCAGAAGAAACACAAGCCUGUGUGACAUGUGCCGACCCAGAAGAUCAGAGAAUGAAUGACGGAGGUCUGGGUUUGAAAGUCUCCUUCAGAUGAACGUGAAACAGUUUCUGUGCUCAGAAUCUUCACUGAAAGGAGGGAGUGUCAUGGUGUGGGAAAAGAAAACUCCCUGCAGUUAAAGGUAGACCUGAAGCCAGCUGUGGGGUCUUCAUUAGUGCAGAUGUUGCUGUCUCAGGUCACGUCCACCCUGUUCCUGAGUGGUGCCGACGCUCCACUUAAUGCGGCGCUGGUGUCACAGAAAGGCAUCACCCUGAUUGUCAACGCCACACUAAACCACGCCUGCCCCGCCUACCCCGGUGUGGAGUGUUUGCGUGUCCCUGUGUGCGACCUGCCCUCUGCCCGGCUCAGUGACCACUUCGACCGGGUGGCUGACCGUAUCCAUGGUAACCGUGACGGAGGCACCCUUGUGCACUGCGCUGCAGGGAUGAGCCGCUCGCCAGCGCUGGUCAUGGCGUAUUUGAUGCGUCACCGCGGUGUAACACUGCGCCAGGCUCACCACUGGGUCCAGGAGAGCCGGCCCUUUGUCCGACUGAACUCUGGCUUUUGGGAGCAGCUACUGCAGUACGAGAGGAGGCUGUAUGGCCGAAACACAGUCAGGGUGGCUCAGGAGCCCCCGCCCAUUUCUAGACCGUUGGAAAAAGCACCACUUACCGGGAACAGCUGGGUAACCUUUGUACCCAAGUCACCCCUGAUGUCCCGCCCCUCUCAAAUUCUACAGUCUCAGGUGAUGGCAUCAAGAAAUAAAUCCAGAAGAGCAUCUAAACCUUUAGCAAAGAGGCAAAGACUGUUGUAAAGUAGGAGACAUGUACCACAAAGGACCCCACACCUAGUUUUGAUUCAUUUUAUUGAGCCAAUCAGGUUCCAGAGAUCUGUCAACAACCACUUGAAUCAUCAGUGACCUUUUCCUUCUAGUAUUUAUACUUCUGUGACUGAGGAAAAAACGUCUGCAGAAAAACCUGAACCAAAAAUUCUUAAAGGCUGAAAAAAACAAGUUUAAUCUCAAAAACAACCAAAGACACUGAGUAAUGUGAUUACUGCAGAAUUCAGCUCCAAAAAAGAUGACCUAAUAUCAAAGUUGUAGGGUUUUGUUUUCUGGAUCAUAGUGAUCAAAUACUGGGCUUUUUUUCAGGGUUGCACUCAAAGUGGUUGAUAACCAACAUUUGUGGCCAGUAUCGCUUGUAGUGAAAGUAAAAAUAAUUGUGUCAAAGUUUCACAAACUCUGUUUAACUUUAGUCAAUGCUUUAAGCAUGCUCUAUUCAAGAGAAAAGCUCAUAACAAAUAAUAAACAGAAGCAUCUCUG